AUGAAUACUAAUUUCGAUUUUGCAAUAUCAGGUAUUGGAGAUAACUUUAUUAACCGAAGUAAAAAUAUCUUCGGCGAUUUAGAUAAAAUCGAAGCAAAUCACCACGAGAGCUACUUGAAAAAUCCCCAAGUCAUCAGUGAUUCGUCAGAUUUCAUGAAACCGGAUCCUGAACAAGAUGAUUAUUUAACAAACGUCUCCUCAAAAAAAUUCUCUAAACCGCAGAAAGAUGGAUUUAAAAUUCCGUCAGGUAAGCCACUGAAGAGUAGCGCAAAAGAGUGGCCACCCAAGGGAAGAGACAUGUCAAAAUGGACGGAAUACAGUCUUUCGGACGUUACUCCUAAUCAGAUGUCUGAAAGUGCAAACGUGCAGGCCAGUAAAGACGCUUUAAAAAGAAAUUAUCUCGAUAUUAGUAGUGAAAUUCAUGAAGAUGGCGAGGAAGACAACGAUGAUGACUCUCCUAAAAAGCACGUAUUCAGGAAACCUUCCCCAAAGAUUUCGUCAGAUUCUGAACAAAAAGUUCGCAAAUUAAACGAAAAUCAAAAAGUUUGCCUGCAUUUUGAAGAGAACGACAGCGACGAUGACAAUGACGAUAACAACAACAAUAAAAAUAAUUAUAAUAAAGAAAGUGUUUCAACAUCUCCAAAUGCUACUGUUUUAAAUACCGUAGAGGAAUAG